AAUGUUAGAAUGGACUUUGCUUUGUGAACUUGUGAAAGACAUUGUUGAGAAACAGCAGUUGCUAGAUGAGCACUUAUUAGCCUUGCAUACUAUUAUUCCUAACACUGCACGUGAAGUUUUACCUUUGUUAGAUCGUUUGUUGUCUUCAGGUUAUACCGAAGAAGGUUUUUUUGCCAAGUUCGAAUUGUGGCGUUGUUGUUUUGGCGAAAUAGUAGUACUUUCUUCUAGUCCAGUGAAAGAGAAUACUUAUUUUAUGAUUCUUUCUAUACCUUUUUGUUCUUGUCAACAAUUUUGCCAGGGUCUGUUUCGCACAAGGAAUGCAGGAGAUUGCUUCUGCAAGCACAUCGUUCUUGCUUUGUUUCUAGUUCAACAGCAAGUUUGUAAAAUACGUCACAUGUCUGUUGAAGAAUGGACCUUUCAGGUUUCGAAGUUGGUACAAGAUGGAGCUUGAACUGUAUGGGGGUUCUUUCACAUAAUAGUCUUCAGUAUCAAAGGAAAGGGUAACCGAGAUAGGUAAACCUUGUGUUAGCAGAGUAUUUUGAAUAUCAGAAAAUGCCCUUUGAAACUAGGAUUUGUUCUUUUGUAUAUUUAUUUCUGCGCCAUGUUUUCGACAUCUUUAUGAAAGGUUGUUAAGAUAACGACGCUUCCGCUUUCAUAAUGUGUUGCAUAUGAUAUCAGAAUUUUGUCUUUUUGUCUUUUCACUGUGUUGAUCGAAGCUUGUUAAAUGCCAUACUUUGAUUUCAUGUACAGCAAGAUCUUCUCAGUUUGAAACGAGUUGUUUUGGUUAAUUGAAUACGUAUGAAGGCUGGAAAUGUUUCAAGGUUCGUAGCAUGCUGAAAGGACUCGAGGCAGUCGACACAAAAGCAUAGACGGGAUAAUAUGUAGUUCUCAGUAAGUGAACGAAUAAAAGAGUGAGAUGGGAA